GACAACACAUUGAACCGACACCCAAUUCGCACAACUCUGCCGUCUCGCUGUUGUUGACCUCGGACAUAAUGUCAAUUCCAAAUGAAGCUCUCCAAAAGCUCGUCCAUGAGAUCGAGAGCCAGGCCCUGGUUGCUCAGCAGCAGAUUGGAUUGACCAAAUCUCAAGUGGCCUCAAAGCAACGUGAACAACGUCUCAUCAAACUCACGCUGGGUGAAGUAUCGAGCUUGCCAGAGGAUGCAGUCGUCUAUGAGGGCGUUGGAAAAAUGUUUGCCUCACUACCUGUCGAUUCAUUGAGGCAAAAGCUAGAUGUCCAAGGGAAAGACAUUGAGGGCGAGGUCGAGAAACUCAACAAGCGCCUGCUGUAUCUUGAAACGACCCAGAAGAACAGCCGCGAACACAUUGAGCAAAUGCUUCGGGGUCGCUGAGCACUCAUUUGUUUAUUAGUUGGCACAUGGUUUCACAAAUAAGUAGCAGAAUGCACCAGAAAUUGUGAAGUAGCCUGCAGCAAACUCGCACUGGUCCGGCUCCUUUUUGGUAAGACGACGCCCGCGACCG